AAGUCCGUUGUUUUAUUUUUCUGUUUGGUCCUUCGCUGUUGGCCUCCUCGGUGUCAAGCGGGGUUGUAACGUUAAUUUAAUCGACACCUGCGACAACAAACAAUUUAAAACGAGCAUUUUGUUUCACCGACGUUAAGAGGAUGGGCGUAGCUGAAGACCAGGCCUCUUGUUAACGUAUUUUCUGUGGACUGACACGGUGAUGUUGCCUCCGUCAGAUGAACUGCCUGGUUCAGGCUGAGUUUUCUGUGUGACAGGAAUGAAGGCAUAUCCGCAAGAAGUGUUGAUAGCUAUUUUAAAAAUUUCCCAUACAGAUUUUCAAAUGAAAAUGGAGGAUAUGCCCCUGUCAGGCCCAGACAACACCAAGCUGGAGGCCUUGGUCCAUGACAUCUACUCUGAGCUGGUGGAAGAUGCCUGUUUGGGCCUGUGUUUUGAGGUACAUCGUGCUGUGAAACAGGGCUAUUUCUUCUUGGAUGAAACGGACCAAGAGAGCAUGAAGGAGUUCGAAAUUGUGGAUCAGCCAGGAGUGGACAUAUUUGGCCAAGUGUACAAUCAGUGGAAAAACAAAGAGUGUGAGUGCCCGAACUGCAAAAGAUUAAUAGCAGCGUCUCGCUUCGCCCCGCACUUGGAGAAAUGUCUCGGCAUGGGACGCAACAGCAGUCGCAUCGCCAACCGCAGGCUAGCCAGCAAUAAUAACAUGAGCAAAUCAGAGAGUGAUCAGGAAGACAAUGAUGACCUCAAUGAUAACGACUGGUCGUAUGGGGCUGAAAAAAAAGCCAAGAAGAGAAAGUCAGAUAAGAAUCAAAAUUCGCCAAGAAGAUCCAAAUCUAUAAAACACAAAAAUGGUGAGCUUGCGAGCGGCGUCAGUUCAGAGCCUUACAAGUACAACUAUAAUACUGGCAUCAGUUAUGAAACUUUAGGCCCUGAUGAAGUCAGAUCCCUUUUAACAACGCAAUGUGGGGUGAUCUCUGAGCACACCAAGAAGAUGUGUACCAGGUCUCAGCGAUGUCCCCAGCACACGGACGAACAGAGGAGGGCCGUCAGGGUGUUCCUCCUGGGGCCGUCCGCGUUGCCUUUGCCAGAGAUAGGAACAGAACAAUGCUGCAGGCCGUUGCUGCCUGAUGCAGACGCUGUGGUGGAGAGCAACAGCUUUGACAUUCCAGAUGGACAGACCCUGAUGAGCCGCCUGCAGUGGGAAGACUCCCCCGAUAUUUCACCCACCGACUCUGCCUCAUCUAAAGCCAGUACCAACCAUUCGGAUUCUAGGAGGCCCAAGAAAAAGAAGAGGACGUCUCUUGGUUUGAACAGUGGAGGAGGAAGUCUGACUGGAGGAGGAGGAGGAGGAGGAGGAGGAGGAGGCAGCAGCAGCAGCAGCUCUCAGAGUAAUAUCAGCUUAUCAACCAAAAAAAAGAGGCCCAAACUCUCAGCACCUUCUAUUUCCAGUCUCUAUGAUGACUUAAACUAGCGUAAGCCCUGUCUGUCAGACCAGCUCUUGCCUCCUCUAUUAGGACCCUCCUUUCAUACCUACAUUUACAGGCCUGAACAGGAUGGGAUUAAACUUGAUUUAGGAGUUCUUAUUCAUUCAGCCUCGACAAGUUAGGCAAUUUAAUGAACAUUUCUCCAUCUGUAUGAUGAACAGCGGUCUAAAAAUUGUGGGUGGUCACAGAGUCCAUUCAGAAUAUCUCCAGGAAGUUCACCAUUCGCUCAUUGUAGUAGUUUCAGACAAUUUGGUCAACACAGACAGCUGCUGUCACCCUAAGCCAGAACUCAGGAUGACUAGACACUUCAGUCAUGUGACACUUUUAGUUGUUGGUCCAUUGAAAUUGCAUUAGUGACUGACUGGGGGUUCUCAGAAAGGUUGUUUCAGAUGUCACAUCCUCAUAAGUUUCAAAUGCAGGGAGGCCUCCAGCUGUGAAUCAGAAAGUGUGUCCGUAUGCCGAUAAAGUCACCAUUUCAAUAUAGUUACACUAUAUAGCCAAAAGUAUGUGGAUACAUGAACAUUACACUCAUGUAAUUGUUGAACAUGUCAUUCCAGGGAUUUGCUCCAUUAGUGAGGUCGGCCACCGAUGUUGGGUAAUAAGGCCUGGCUCACAGUCGGCGUUCCAGUUCAUUCCCAAAAGUGGAUGGGGUUGAGGUCAGGGCUCUGUGCAGACCAGUCAAGUUCUUCCAAAACCAAACUGGGAUAAACAUUUCUUUUAUGGAUCUGGCUUUGUGCACAAGGACAUUGUCAGGUUGAAACAGGAAUGGCCUUUCUCUGUUGACACAAAGUUGGAAUCACACUCUUAGCUCAAAUAUCAUUGUAUGCUGUAGCAUAAAGAUUACUUUUAAUUGGAAAUAAGGGGCAUAGCUCCAACCAUGAAGAACAGCCCCAGACCGUAAGCGCACAGGCAUGCAGACUGGGGUGUCCACAUACUCUUGUUCAUAUAGUUUAAGCAGCUCUAAGAUUUGUCUCAAAUGACACCAUCACUACAGUCUACUUAAGCUGAACAGCAGAGACAGAGGCUUUUUUCAAAUUCACAAAUUACAACUGAGCUGUACAAUAUAAUAGAAAAAUAUGAUUUUUUUCUUUUUAUUGUAUGGUGGAAAGAACUGUUUUAUCACUUAAAAAGACCCCAUAAAUGGCCUUUUUCACGGCAGCCAUUUUGACAUGACAUAGCCGCAAAACCAAAGGUGUCCUUAGUAAUCUUAUUAAGGGCUGCACUCUGUUUAGCUUUCCUAAUUUCAGGGCCCUGCCACUGUACAUGCUUGCUCACUGACAUGGUUUACUGUGAUACAUAGCAAUCGUUAACAGAAUGAAUUGCAUCUGUGCUUUUCCUGCUAUGACAAGUUUAAAAUAUCUGCUGCCCAUUGGGAGUCUUUAUUUAUUCAUUCACCCUUUUCUGGAAGUUAAAUGCAAACAGAACUGAGUUUGUACAAAAUGCCAACAUGUCCCUUAACAUCUAAAUUCCUAAUUACUUUUUUCUUAAAUUACUAAAGCAUGAAAAGGUUCAAGUCUUAAAUUUGGCUUUCUGAAACCUUCAGUACUCUGUUGGCGAUCCUGUGACCUGUCCUCCUUUUUAGACUCUGUGUACAUUUCACUUGGUUUUGAGUAGAUAUGUGGACUUCAACUGCUUUCAGUUCAACACGUGACACACGUAUACUGGAGUACUUUUACUUUUUAAUUCUAGCAUUGUAUUGCACAGUUGUGAGUGCCUCUGUAUGCUGACUGUCAUGCAGUCACUUUUUCGUGUGUGUGUGUGUGUGAGAGAGAGAUCAUAUAUAUUUUCAUAAAACUAUGCAUCCUAGAAUGUGACGUUUUUGUGAAAGUAUGUGAGCCAUUUUAAAUAUUUAACUUUUUGUUUACAUCAACAAUAUAUUUAAGUUUUUAUUUGUCACUACCUGUGAAGUGAUACUGUAUGUAUAUUAUUUUUGUGUAAAUGCAGAUUUUGAUAUUUGAUGAGCCAGUAGGCUUUUGGGGCACAUGUACAGUACAAAAGUAAUCAUGAAUCCAACGUAACUUUCUUUCCUCUGUACAAAACUUGUCUUUGUGUAGUUUCUGCUUAUAGAUCACAUCAUACAUUAAGUAGAUCAGUGCUGCAGGUCUGCUUGUCAUUCAUGAUCACGAGUGAUAAGUCUGCAUCUUCUACGCCUAUAACCAACAAUGUCUAAUGUAAAAGUUGUAAGACAUAUAUAUAGUACAUGCUUUAGAGGUCGGAUGCACUAUUUCACUAAUCUUGUUGAUAUCACAGUUGAUGUCUUAGAAAAGCAUUUUAAUUUGUUUUUCUUAUAAAUUGGCUUUACAAACACAAAAACCUUACUGUUUUAGUUAUUAUUAGAACUGAGUGCAUAGUCAGGACAUCGCUGUAAAACUGAAGGACUGAAAACUACUGGGAGGUAGAGAGUUUCAGAACAGUGCCAUGGGUCCUAAAGGUGCGUUCGGCAAUAUGCAAAGGACAACAAUGUCUUUGUAUCAAGUCUUUAUUUUCCUCAUCAGAAUCAACUCGCUAGUGGAACCAAGGAGUCAGUUUUUAGGAACAGAAUAGAUAACGGUGCUCAAGUCCAUCAGCAGCCACAGAGCUGCCGCCUGAGCCCGAUUCACUCAUUUGGUGGCUGAAAUAAAUAUUUAUUUAGCAGCUCUUUAUUCAGAAAUAGAGAAUGGCUCAAAUAUUCACUAUGUUUUUGUGUUUGUCAAUGUUUUAUUUCCAGGUACUGGGGGAAGGGUGUUCCCUUUUUUUUUUAAGUCAAGGGGAAGGUCCAAAGAAAAUAUUAAUACUGGCCAGGGAGGGCCUUGUUUUGUUUUUUUAAAAUCAAAGAAAUAUAAGACUCAACCCCCACUCCCAACCCACCCCAAUCAUUUUCGUACAGUACCUAAAGUCAAGAGCUUUCAGUCGUGUGUCUCAAAUGUCAUGAAUCUGUCAAAGCCUGAUUGAAUUUCCAGUAUGGUGAACUUCUGCUUCUGUCGAUGUGUGUAGUAACUUUGAACGUGCCCUUUUAAAUCUUUUCCAGUAAAGUCUUGUGAUGUGCACUAAAGAUAAAUAUAGGUAGGUAAUAUAGGUAUGAUUAGAUUCUUAAGCCACUUUUUGUGGAUAAAGCUAACAGCUGAUGUUCUCUUGUGGCUCUUUGUGUAUCUGUGUGCAGUUCAAGGGCAAUAACAAAGAAUGCGUUGUUGUGGGUUUCCAAUAUUUUUCCAUGCACAAGCACAAAUCUGUGCAUGCGUGAAUGACUGUUGUAUAUGAACAUAAUGUGAUACAUAGGUUAUUUUUCUUCACUGUCAUGCAUACUGGUGUUUGUAUAUAAAUAAACACAAACGCUA